UUUUUUUUUUCUUCAUCCCCAGAGUCCCAGACCCAAUUUCCUAUUGCUCUUCAAUACCGGGUCAUCGUCAUUUGCUAUCUCCACUCCCAGUCCCAACAAUCUCCCAUUGCUCCUCAAUUGUCAAUUCUCAUCGGUACAUCCUCAUCUGUCAUCUCGUCUACCAAUACCAACAAUUUCCCAAGUCAUAAACGAAAAGUCGAAAAUGAGUAAACCCUAACAUCGUCUCCGCCGCACACAGUCACGCACUCUGAGUCUCCGAUCGCCGGCGGCGCUCUGAAAUCCCAAAUCGUCGUCGCGCUCCGGCUCCCGCUCCCGCACACACUUCACUUGACCCUCUGAAGGUUGGCGCUCGUCCCGUCUUCUCAAAUGUGUUCCCCACUCAAAUUCCCUCGUACGGCUGCACCUCAGGGUGUCUAAACUCGCAAUGGAUGGAGUCAAGACCUCACAGAAGAACAGGAGGGAACUGGAGAGAAGAGUGCUGGAGAAAGUCGGACUGGUCGUCUCCUCGGUAAAUGACGCGAAGCACGUUGAUCAAGUUAUCUUAGCUCUCUACUCUUUUGCCGUCUGCCUUUUUCCCCUUCAUUCCCACUCUGUUUCAGGGAAGGAUCAGCUUCGGAGCUUGAUCCCAAUCUAUCAUAGAGCUAAAACAAACUGUUUCGGAUGUGUAUUCUCUUGGGAGUUGUAUAUGUCAAUUUGUCCACAUGUUUGUAUAAGAAUCUUUAUUGUUCUUCGAGAUGCCAGUGUUUGCUAUAGAAUGUUCAUGCCUCCUGGUUGUGCAGACUUCAUGUUACUCAUCCUUUGCCUUCUGGAGAAUGAUAUGAUACUGCAAAUGGCUAGAGAAUUUUGUGGUUUUCGCCAAUCUGAAAAUCUCAGCUGUGAACAACUCAAGCAGUCUAUUUCCAGGGUCACGCAGCUUAUUUCAUCUAUUCCUGACAAAGCAAGACGAGGAGCUCCGACUUCACUUUCCCCGCAUUUGUUCUUCAAAAGACUUACCAUACAGCUUCUUUAUGGAGUGGAGGAAUGGGAUCUGAAGUUAGUGGACAAGUUAGCUGUUGCUGCUGACGAUAGCCAUACUAAUGGUGCUAUUCUUUUCAUUGGAGAAAUUUUUUCCCGUAUCUGUCGUCGAGGAUCCACUGAUGUGCUGCUGAGUGAGGUGGUCCCACGGAUUCUUGGGCAUGUUAGGAGUGUUUUGUCAUCAACCUCUGAUCUGGAUAUUAGUGAAAUAUUUGAGUCGAAACCUGGUUCAAAUUUCUGGAUGAAGAUAAUGGAGGCGGUAAGUGAUUCCCAUUCAGUGGAAAGAAUAGCUGAAGAGCUCUUGCGUCAACUAGCUGUUGAAGAUGUCAAUGAUACUGAGGGUUACUGGGUUCUGUGGAUACUCUUUGGCCGAAUCUAUAAACGUCAGGCUUCAAUCAGGUUUACUUUUGUGGAGAAAUUUUUACUGUGGAAAGUAUUUCCCACCUGUUGCUUGAGAUGGAUUAUUCAUUUUGCCGUGCUUAAAUACUGUCCAGAUAGUUCUUCACUAAAAUCUUAUGAUUCUCGUAGUCUCUCCGACACUGUUCAUCAUCUUGUGGUAUCAUGGUCUAGGAAAGAGUUUGUGCAAUCAUCUCCGACCGAGCAGCAAGCUUAUGUUACUGCUGCUUUAGGCCUUUGCCUUGAGAAGAUGACUAAAACUGAUCUUGAUGCUACAAAGGAUGGACUGCACUCAAUUCUUCAGGGCAUUAGUUGUAGGUUGGAGAGCCCUGUUUAUCUGAUACGGAAAAUGGCAAGUGUUAUUGCUCUUGUAUUCUCUAGGAUUAUAGACCCUCAAAACCCUUUGUAUCUUGAUGAUAGUUUUCGGGAAGAGACCAUUGACUGGGACUUCGGGUUGGCCAUCCCCAGAGAACGUUCUGUUACAGAAACAGUCUGUAAUGAUGAAAACACAAUCCAUGGAGAGAAGUGUUCAACCAUAAUGUCAAAAGAAGAAACUCUUAGGGGUGCAAAUAAUGGGUUGAAUGGUUCUUCAAAAGUUAAAAAGAAGAAGGAAUCCGUUAAUACCUUAAUCGACCCUGAUGAAGUUGUUGAUCCAGCAUCAUUAAAUGAUGAAUUGAACUUUGGUGGAGAUGACAAUGACAAUGCAAGUGAGGACUCUGAGGAUUCAUAUGACUCAAGUUUGCAACCUUAUGACUUGGCAGAUGAUGAUGCGGAUCUGAAAAGAAAUUUUACACAGUUGGUUGAUGUGGUUGCAGCACUGAGAAAAUCAGAUGAUGCUGAUGGUGUUGAAAAGGCCCUUGAUGUUGUGGAGAAGCUUAUUCGAGCAUCACCAGAUGAACUCAAGUAUAUAGCAGGUGAACUAGCGAAAGUUCUCAUUCAGGUCCGUUGCUCAGACUUCACCGUGGAAGGGGAAGAAGAAUCGGCUGAAGAGAAAAGACAGAAGGCUUUGGUGGCACUGAUUGUCACAUGCCCUCUUGAGUCUCUCGACAGCUUGAGUAAACUGCUCUAUUCCCCUAAUGUAGACAUCAGCCAGCGGAUCAUGAUUUUGGAUGUGAUGUCAGAUGCAGCUCAGGAGCUUGCAAGUGCUAGAGUAGUACUGAAAUCAGAACAUAAACGUCCAGUGGUUUUGAUAUCGUCCACCGAAGGUCAACCAUGGUUUGUGCCUAGAAACACCGGUCAACCAGGAUUAGGGCCCUGGAAGGAGAUUUCACAAUCUCCAUUGAACUGGUCUUACUCUUAUGAAAGAGAAUUACCGGCCAAAGUCAGUAACAGGAGGAUAAGUAGGGGAAAGACAAGACGGUGGAGCCUUCGGUUGGGGGUACAGGAUAAUCAGAUGGAAUCAUCACAGAAUAUGUUUCCCCAAUAUGCAGCGGUAUUUAUGCUUCCGGCUAUGCAAGGAUAUGACAGAAAGAAACACGGUGUGGAUUUAGUGGGAAGAGAUUUUGUUGUCCUGGGAAAGCUCAUCCACAUGCUUGGUGUUUGUAUGAAAUGUUCGGCUAUGCAUCCUGAGGCUUCUGUUCUGGUGUCCCCUCUAUUGGAUAUGCUGAGAACUAGGGAAAUAUCACAACAUGCAGAAGCAUAUGUGAGAAGGUCCGUCCUUUUUGCGGCUUCGUGUGUUCUUUUGGCGCUUCAUCCAUCGUAUGUUGCAUCCGCUGUGGUUGAGGGAAAUAUUGAAAUAUCCGAAGGGCUCGAGUGGGUUCGCACAUGGGCACUGAAGCUGGCCAUGGCAUGUCUCCAGCUCCAUGCGGAAAUGGCUCUGCAAGCUUCUCGGGCACUUGAGGGGUUUAAAGAUACGCCAACUGCAAAGAGCAUUAAUUUGUUCCCAGCUGUACCGAGUAGAUCAAUUAAGAUCCCCUACUUGAAUUCGUAAAUUUUAUGUAUAUCAAUAGAUGUUCCUUGUGUACUCUUUUUGAUGUACAGAAUAUUGAUGUAUGCAGAACUUCCUAUACAUGUUUUGCCGGUACAUGUAACAAAAAAUCCUGUUUAAACAUGUUUAGAAAUAUUAUCUAUAAAAUUGAGUUAGAGAUAAUUACGCCGGGAACGACCUGUAGGACAUUUAUUUGCACCUUUACGAGUCAAUUAAAAAUAUUAGUAAAUGUGCAUAAUCUUGUACUUUUAAUUGCAACUUUUUCCCCUUUUUAUUUUCUUUUUCUUUUUUCUUU